CGACUUUUCCAAACUUUGUCGUCGUUAGAUUCCCAAGAGAGUCCCAAACACACACUUUCUCUCUCCUCUCUCUGUUGUUAUUGUUACUCUCUCUCUCUCUCUCUCUGCAUUGAACACUGUGUUUUUACACUUACCCUUCUCUGUCUUUAAACUUCAUCAUCAUGACUCUGUUGUCCAAAUUUCAAUAUUCAUAAUUCAUCAUCAUAGUUCAAAAGAGUGAAACAAAAAAAAUAAUUUCAUUUUUAGUUUCUAAAUGGAUGAAACUGGUGUUGAAGAUGAGUUUAAGAGGUGUAUUAGAAAAGGGUCUAAUGGAUGGAGGUGUAAAGAGAAAGCUUUACCUGAAAAAAACCAAUGUGAGAAGCACCAUUUGUAUAGUAUUGAGAGAAGCAAAACGAUGAAGGAAAGUAGUUCUGGUGAAAAGAAAGGUACAAAAAGAAAAGGUGAAGAGAGUUUACAAAAUGGGGCUGGUGUUGAUGAUGGUGGUAAUGGGUUGUUUGGUGGUGGUGGUGGUGGUGAUGGUGGUUUUGGAGAGAUUUUUGGUGGAGGUGAUGAAGUGAAUGGUAGUGUUGGUUGUGAAAGUUUUAAUCUUUGGCAACAAGAUGGUCAACAAGUUGGGGUUUUUGAACAAGGGAGUGGAAAAUUAGGUCAAUUUCUUGGUGAUGGAGUUGAGUUUAUAGGUGGGUUUGUUGAGGAUGGGAAUAGGGUUAAUGGUGGUUUAGGUCAGCCAUGGAGUGGUGUUGGUGUAUUUGGAAAUGCUGGUGGUGUUUCUGGUGUUGGUAAAGAUGAUCAUGGAAAUGGGGUUGAUGGUGUUUGUGGAAAUGAUUCACUUGGUUUUCAUUCUGAAAGAGUUGGAGGGUUGGUUAGUGGUGAAACUGGUCUUGGGGAUUUAUAUGAUCGUAGUUUUCAAGCUUUUGUUAGUCAAGGUAGGGUUUGUGAUGAAGAUGUGAAUUUAGUUGUUGAUGGAACUGGUUUUCAAGGGUUGGGUGGUGAAAGUGCUAAUGAUUUUAGAGGUGAGGUUGGUGGGGGUGUUGGAAAUGUAGUUCAGUGUGGCGGUAAAUGUGAAGGCGAAAAAAAUGUUGGUAGUAUAUUAGAGGGGACCGAGUCAAGUAACAAGAUGGGAGCUAUUGGCGUGGAAGAGAGAACGGAGGAGUUAUUAAGUGGUGGAGUUUCUAUCAAUGAAGAGGCAAAAGGUGAAGUUUUGAAAAGGGAUAACUUAGCCUUGGAUGGAGAAACUGUUUGUGGAAGUGGUAAUGCCGGAACGAUUGGGACGAGCGCUGUUGAAGCUUUAGAGAAUGAAGAAUUGGUGUUUUGUGGUAAGGCUGAUCAGGAAGGUGUGGCUGUGGAUGAGAUUGCAAGGACAAAGAAGUGUGGUCAAUGGGAAGAUUGGAAGCGUGGAAGGGAGGUUAUUUUGGCGGUUGGUUAUGAAGUUGCUGGGGUUGGUGACAUUAACGAACCAAGAAAGCGUCGUAGAAGAUCAAAGGAUUCGGUAAACAAAGAGAAGAAUGUCGUGGAGGUUAGUAGUGAAACUGCUGCUGAGAUAGCUAGGCCAAAGAAGCGUGGUCGGCCAAAAAAUCGGAAACGUAAGGAGAUUGUCAUGGACGUUAGUAACGAGGAUGUCGGUGAUGGUGAGAUUGCGAGACCGAAGAAGCGCGGUCGACCAAAGGGUUAUAACUGUCGAAAGAAGAUUGUCAUUGAGGUUAGUAAUAAAGUUAUUGUUAAAGGUGAGAUUGCAGUAGCUAUGAAGCCUUGUCGAUCAAAGAAUGUGAUAAACGAAGGAGCAGAUGAGAUUGCAACAAAAGGUUUAGAAACCAAAAUGAUGAGCGUUCCAUGUCAAAAAGGUGCAGACGAGGUUGCAAGCCUAACUAAUAAACUUGGUCCUGCAUUGCGUACAAGGAAUAAAUUGAGAAGCAUUGGAUUUGAGGGUCAUGAGCAUCCAGGAAGGUCUAGUGAUGUUUGUCUUGAAGAUGAUGAUGGAACCACAAAUGUUUUGCCAAGUGGUUUAGAGAUUACUAAAUUGGCUCCUUUAUGUGAUGAGCAGGAAGAAGGGAUUCCUUCUGAAGCCACCAAACAUAUUGAAAACAUAAUUGCACAGCCAAUUGUUAAGCGUGGUCGACCGAAGGGAUCAGCGAACAAGGAGAAAAAACUAGAAGACCAGGAAUUGUCUGUCCAAACCCUUGGUCAAGAUGAGGUUCAAAAUAUUAAACCAAAGAUGGGUCGACCAAAGGGGUCUAAAAAUAGGAAGAAAAAUAUUGCUGGCGAAGCUCAAAACGAGUUACAUAAGAAGAAAGGGCGUGGUAGGCCAAAGGGUUCUGGAAAUAAGCAAAAGGAGAUUGUUGUUCGAUUGGAAUCGAAGAUUGAAAGGCGUGGUAGGCCAAAGGGUUCAGGCAAAAAGCAAAAGCGGGCUGCGUCUCGAUUUGCUUCACAGAUUGAAAGUCAGAAGAGUACUCGUGUUUAUGGUCUUUUGAGUACGAUGAUGCCACAGAAGCAUAUGAAUGAGGAGUCCAUUUCACCGCCGGAUGGUCAAGUAAAUAAGGAAGAAAAGUCAGAUUUUGUCUCAGAGUGUUCAAAGUAUCCCGGAAUUGAAAAGAGGACAAAAGGAUUGAUGAGUGAAUCCAGCAAUGUCCAUAAGAGGUGCAGUGAAAGACUAAGAACAUUGCCAACUGACCACAAGAAUUAUCAAGAAGUUGAAGUGGAAGAAGAUUUUUCUGAAAUGGAGGUGGAAGAAACUAUAAACCAUGAUGAAUUGGAAUCUUCAGAUUUGAUGGGUGACUCAGAGAUAAAAAAGGAGCGUAGAAAUUCAAGGUGCCAUCAGUGCUGGAAGAAAAGUAGGACUGGUCUCGUCGUUUGUACCAAGUGCAAAAGAAAGAAAUAUUGUUAUGGGUGCAUAGCAAAAUGGUACCAAGAUAAGACUAGAGAGGAGAUAGAGACCGCGUGUCCCUUUUGUCUUGAAUAUUGCAAUUGCCGACUGUGCUUAAAGAAAACUAUAUCCACAAUGGAUGAAAAUGGUGAAGCAGAUAGAGAUGCUAAAUUACAAAAAUUGCUUUUCUUGCUUAAAAAUAUUUUGCCCUUACUCCAAUAUAUCCAACGGGAGCAGAAAUCAGAAUUGGAAGUAGAAGCAAGCAUACACGGUUCCUUGAUGGUGGAAGAGGAGGAUAUUCUGCAGGCAACAGUUGAUGAUGAUGAUCGAGUUUAUUGUGACAACUGCAAUACAUCCAUUGUCAAUUUCCACAGAAGUUGUACCAAUCCUUAUUGUCGGUACGAUCUGUGUCUCACUUGUUGCACGGAACUGAGAAAUGGAGUUCAUUGCGAAGAUAUUCCUGCUAGUGGUAAUGAGGAAAUGGUUGAUACACCACCUGAAACUAUUGCUUGGAGAGCAGAGACAAAUGGUAGCAUUCCUUGCCCUCCAAAAGCUAGGGGAGGUUGUGGUACCGGUAUUCUUUCGCUGAGGCGCCUAUUCAAAGAUAAUUGGAUUGACAAACUGACUAGAGGCGCAGAGGAACUUACAAUCAAAUAUAACCCACCCAUUGUUGAUCUUUCUCUAGGAUGUUCAGAAUGCCAUAUUUUUGAGGAAGAUGCAGCACAUGAUUCUGCAAGGAAGGCAGCUUCCAGAGAAACCGGUCAUGACAACUUUUUGUACUGUCCAGAUGCCGUUGAAAUUGGAGACGCAGAAUUUGAGCAUUUCCAAAGACACUGGAUGAGAGGCGAACCUGUUAUUGUAAGGAAUGCUUAUAAAAAGGCUACUGGCCUUAGCUGGGACCCAAUGGUGAUGUGGAGAGCUUUUAGGGGGGCAAAGAAAAUAUUAAAAGAGGAGGCAGUUACUUUUAAAGCCAUCGACUGCUUGGAUUGGUGCGAGGUACAAGUUAACGCCUUUCAGUUCUUCAAAGGCUACUUGACAGGGCGUAGCUACACCGAUGGAUGGCCGGAGAUGCUGAAGCUAAAGGAUUGGCCACCAUCAAAUUUUUUUGAAGAGUGUUUGCCAAGGCAUGGUGCUGAGUUUACAGCGAUGCUUCCUUUUAGUGAUUAUACACAUCCCAAAUCCGGUGUUUUAAACCUUGCCACAAAGCUCCCUGCCCUUUUGAAGCCAGAUUUGGGUCCUAAAACAUACAUUGCUUAUGGAGCUUUAGAAGAGUUGAGUAGAGGUGAUUCUGUGACAAAACUACAUUGUGACAUUUCAGAUGCAGUCAAUAUUCUGACACACACAGCUGAUGUAAAUGUACCAACAUGGCAAUCCAGAAUCAUAAAAAAGUUAAAGAAGAAGUAUGAAGCUGAAGAUAUGCGCGAGCUCUAUGGUCAAGACAUUAAGGCAGCUGGUUCACGUGGACGAAAACGCAAAAAUUGUCGCGUAGAUAAUGCCGUGGAUCCUAAAAUCCCUGAAAAAGAAGACAUUAGGGGUAGAGACUCAACCUUACUUGGAAGUCAUGGAAAAGAAGAGAAACUUGAUGCAGAAGCUUGUGUUCAAGAAUUCUCUGAACCCAACAAAAAUAAAUUAGAUUUAAAUGUGAGUGAACAGGAAAUCAUUGAUUCACCAAGGUUUCAGCAAUUUGAUCUCAAUAGUCACGAUUCCAGUUUCCUGGUUCCUGGAAAUGAUUGUGAUAAUGUGGAACAACGGUGUUCACCACCAGGUGAUGGAUCUUGUAAAGGAAUUUCAUCAGGUAUUGAUAAUCAACCUUGUUGUGAAACUGUCAAUGGAUUAGAUUCUUCAGAUGAGUCCAGUUCGGAUAUUGAGACUGACAAAAUAGAGUCAGUUGAAAAUGACAUAUCGGGUAAUGAUGUUCAUUUGGAGACUCAAUAUGGGAGUGCAUUGUGGGACAUAUUCCGUAGGCAGGACGUACCAAAACUAACGGAGUACCUAAAUAAACACUUUAGAGAGUUUCGCCACGUAACUAGUCUUCCAGUGAGUUAUGUGAUUCAUCCUAUUCAUGACCAGCACCUUUAUUUAAAUGAGAAGCACAAAAAGCAACUCAAGCUAGAAUAUGGUGUUGAACCGUGGACGUUUGAGCAAUAUCUUGGAGAAGCUGUUUUCAUACCUGCAGGAUGUCCACAUCAAGUGAGAAAUAGAAAGUCUUGCAUAAAAGUGGCUAUGGACUUCGUUUCACCUGAGAAUGUUCAGGAAUGUGUUCGAUUGACAGAGGAAUUUCGCUUACUUCCAAAAACCCACAAAUCUAAGGAAGAUAAAUUAGAGAUAAAGAAGAUGGCACUCUAUGCUGCUGAUGUUGCUAUUGCUGAAGCCACUGAACUCCUGGGAGCUAAAUGAGGGCAAUCUUGCAGUUUUCAGAUGAAGCUGAAGUCGCGCCCAUCAACAACUUUUUGACAAAUAUUUUGCUGUUGCUGUUGGUUUUAUUUAUUUUGAUUUUAACCAUUCGCAAAGAGCCUGUAAAUGUGCCUGUAUCAUUUAACUCAUUCGAAAUUCCAUCAAAGUUCAAGUUGAAUGUUGGUUGCUGCUGAAUUUUACAUCAAAGUUCAACUAGAGACCGGCAAGAUGUGUAGAGUAAUGCCAAGUACUCAUGAAUUUUUUGAAGAACAGUGUGCAUCAACUUUCAAAUCCAAGUACUAACUAGCCAGUUGAAUGUUUCAAGAUGUUGUUGGAAAAUAGUUCUAGCCAGUUUGAAUAUUUUUAGCUAGAUUCUUGUAUGACCGACUGAUUUACCUUGUUCGACGUUUUUCUUUCAUUUUGUAAAUCCUAAUCCCUGAUUUUGAAUCCAUGUAGGCCGUUCUAGGGGAUUUGGAUUCUUCCCAAUCGCAAGGUCAUAGACCUCGGUUGUUCAAUGAAAAUUAGACGGUUUAUGUCUUGACAUGUAUUUUCGAUCUGGUGAAGUAAGAUUUACAAAGUCGUCUGGUCAUCA